GCUGUUGCGAAGCACCCUGACUCUCCAGCCCUUACGAGGACUGUGGACCUCGCCUGGACCUGGUCUGACACGACUGUGUAGCGCAUGCCCAGCACAGUGCAUCAUGACAGAUCAGGUCAGCCCAGAGCCUACACAGGUGACCUUGGAGCUCACCUGUGAGUGCCUGGAGCCCCGGGGCUGCCUGGUCCAGCGGUAGCGCAGUGCCAAGGAAACGGAAAGGCGACUUAACUCUUUCCAUCCCUGGAAAUGUCAGGAGCAGGCCUUCAAGCAUGGCUGUAUCCAGGAAGGGUUCAUUUCAGACCUUUGGAAAGGAAGUUUGCAUCACGGGUCACUCGGUGUCUCCCAGCCUCCGCACUGUCCUCCAGGAGUACAUGUGUUGCCAGUGCUAUUCCAGGUUUGGGGGUCACUUGCCUGUGCCCCGGGCCGAUGCACUGCUACCCUACUGGGUCCCCCUGUCCCUGAGACCACGAAAGCAGGUCUCAAAGAUGAUUCGACGUUAUAUCCCCAGAGCCAUAAGGUCAUGUCGUUGCCCCUGCCACUCCUUUGGGGGCUGCCUUCCAAUGCCCAAGGAUAGGGCUGUUAUGCCCUAUUGGGUGCCCCAGGGGCUGAGGUCACAGAAGAAGGUGGUGAAGAGGCUGGAGAAUGUUAAAGACACUCCAGAGUGCUCCCUGGAGUCAAGCAGCUGGCAUGGCUGUUGGCGGGUCUGCGGGGACCAGCAUCUCCUCCUCAAGUGGCAGCAGCUCCAGGCCCUUCAUCAAGAUGAGCUGCCAGGCUCUCAGGAGGAUAAGCCACAUGCUGGCCGCUUAGGCCUCUUCCUCCCCAUGAGCUUUAAUCUUUUUACCCUGCUGCAGGCUGUCCUGAGGGCCAUCCUGGCCAUUCGCCAUUUGUUCUGGGACUGAGGUGGAGACUUCAGCUACUGUCAAGAUCCUCAGCAAGAAUGGCAGUCACAAUCACGGUCCUCAGGGGAGGUCCUCAGAUCAGGAGGAUCUGUGACACUUGCAGUCUCCAUACAUGACAAGAUCUGCAUCCAUGAUCCAAUCUGAAGUAGAAGCCACCAUGUGACUGUUAGUUGAAGGGGGGCUGGUGUGAAUGUCCGAACGAGUCUGUUAUGAAUGCAGCCAAUAAAUGUUAUUUGUGAAACUCUAAA